AUGUCAUUAAAAGAAUAGAGAAGGAUUUGUUCAAAACAUUAAUUAGAAAUAACAACAAUUGAUCUAAAACAAUCUACCCCUAAAGAUGAUAAAUAUCUUUGUACAAAAUGCCUAAUUGAGAAGAUAGAUAUUUAAAACAUGGCUUUAAUGGAUGAGACCCAAUUUAUGAUUAAAGAAAUGAAAUUUAAAUAAUAAACAUUUGAGUUGAAGGAAAAAUAAAAGAGAAUAGAAAAAUAAAAAUAGAUGGAAUGUAUGAUAAAAGGAUUUAAAGUUUAAGUUGAAGAAAUAUUUGACAAGAUAUUAACUAACAUUUGA